UUCACAAGAUGCACGAAUGUUAAUAUGUAUACAGUUUGUCGGAAGAAACCGACACGUGCGCUACGUAGACGUAUUUUUAAAUUUGUUCAAUGUAAAUAAUACUAAAUUAUUAAUAGUUCUUAUUUAAUCAAACAUGUUGAGACCGUUGAGUUUUAUUAAUAACUUGCAACCUGAAAUGAUAACGAGAUAUCUGUCCACAAGCGUUCGUUUUGGUACGAAAAGGUUAGAUCCUCUUGUUGAUAGUUUUAACAGAAGACACAAUUAUUUAAGGAUCUCGUUAACUGAAAGAUGUAAUCUAAGGUGUAAAUAUUGCAUGCCAGCCGAAGGCGUUCAAUUAUCUGCUAAGGACCAAUUAUUAUCAACAGACGAAGUAUUGUAUAUUGCAAAGUUAUUUGUUGAACAAGGUGUUGAUAAAAUACGGUUGACAGGAGGAGAACCUACAGUGCGAAAGGAUUUGCUACAUAUUGUUGAAAAUCUUAAGAAAAUUCCUGGUCUUAAAACUGUAGCCAUCACAACAAACGGCCUGAUGUUGACUAGACAGCUUGUUCCUUUGCAGCGUGCUGGUUUAGACUUGCUUAAUAUUAGCUUGGAUACUUUAAAACCACAAAAGUAUGAAUUAAUAACAAGACGUAAAGGUUGGGAACGUGUCAUUGCUGGAAUUGAUUUGGCCAUACAAUUAGGAUACAAACCUAAAGUUAACUGUGUUGUUAUGAAAGAUUUCAAUGCUGAUGAAGUACUAGACUUUGUACAGUUUACCGAAGAUCGGAAUGUGGAUGUUAGAUUUAUUGAAUACAUGCCAUUCUCAGGAAAUAAGUGGAAAACUGAGAAAAUGGUUGCUUAUAAAGAUUUGGUGUCAAUGAUCAGGUCAAAAUGGAGCAAUUUCAAACCUCUUGAAAAUAGUCCAAAUGAUACUUCAAAAGCUUAUGCUGUACCAGGCUUUCGUGGUCAAGUUGGAUUCAUUACUUCAAUGUCUGAACAUUUCUGUGGAACAUGCAAUAGGUUGCGUGUCACUGCUGAUGGCAAUUUGAAGGUCUGUUUGUUUGGAAAUGCUGAAGUAUCCUUACGAGAUGCAAUUCGUGCUGGAACAAAACAUGAUGAUCUAGUUGCGCUUAUUGGAGCUACAGUAUUCAGGAAGAAAAAACAGCAUGCAGAUAUCAAAAUCAACCGAAUUCAUCCUCAAUCUCCAUUAAACACAAAUUUAAGUCAUCUUUUUGCCCAUAAUAUGGUUCAUCAGAACUACAUUAGGACAUUCUCAUCAUUAACACAUGUGAAUUCCGAAGGAGAGGCACAUAUGGUGGACAUCAGCGGCAAACAAGUAACAAAACGAAAUGCAACAGCAACAGGUAAAGUGUAUGUUGGUUCAGAAAUAGCUCAGCUUAUCAAAGAAAAUGGAAUGAAGAAAGGCGAUGUGUUAUCCGUUGCCAAACUUGCGGGUGUAAUGAGUUCUAAGAAAACCUCUGACCUUAUACCUCUGUGCCAUAAUAUAAAUCUUUCACAUGUGGAUGUCCAAACUGUACUUAAUGAUGAUUUUGUUGUCAUUACUGCAAAUGUACAAUGUGAAGGCAAAACUGGUGUUGAAAUGGAAGCUUUGACGGCUGUUGCUAUUACAGCUUUAACCAUUUAUGAUAUGUGCAAAGCAGUCAGUCAUGACAUGUUAAUAUCUGAUAUCAAGUUAGUCAAGAAAACUGGAGGUAAGUCUGACUACUGUGACAAAAAGAAAAGUGGGGAAGCUAAGCAAUUAAAGUAUAACACUGAACCUAUCAUAAAAAAAGAACCAUUCUUUCCAGUGUAUGUUUAGUUUAAUCAUUGAUUAUAAACUAUUAUUCAACUUAUUUCCUCUUUAAAUUUUAUAUUAUAUAAAUGUAUAAAAGGUUUUAUAGCUCAGAUACAUAAUUCUAGAUUAUUAGUACUUAAAUUUUCACCUUUUUUUUGUAUUUGUUUUUAUUGGCCUCGCUUACUCGAGCAU